CGUGGCGAAGUAGUGGGGGGGGAAGGCGGGAUCUGGGGGCCGAGAGCGGUUCGCGCGCUUCGGGCCUAGUCUCGACUCGCCGCCUCCGCCGCCAUAUUCCCGUGGCAUCUUUCUUACUUUGUCCGUUUUCCGGGCUCGCGAUCUGCCUUCCGGAGCCAUGUCAGAAGGAGUGGACCUGAUUGAUAUAUACGCCGACGAGGAGUUCAAUCAGGACCCAGAGUUCAACAAUACAGAUCAGAUUGACCUGUAUGAUGACGUGUUGACAGCCACUUCACAGCCCUCAGAUGACAGAAGCAGCAGCACUGAGCCACCUCCUCCUGUUCGCCAGGAGCCGUCUCCCAAGCCUAAUAACAAGACCCCUGCAAUUCUGUACACCUACAGUGGCCUGCGUAAUAGGCGAGCUGCUGUUUAUGUGGGCAGCUUCUCCUGGUGGACCACGGACCAGCAGCUGAUCCAGGUUAUUCGCUCUGUAGGCGUCUAUGAUGUGGUGGAGUUGAAAUUUGCAGAGAACCGAGCAAAUGGCCAGUCCAAAGGGUAUGCUGAGGUGGUGGUAGCCUCUGAAAACUCUGUCCACAAAUUGUUGGAACUCCUGCCAGGAAAAGUUCUUAAUGGAGAAAAAGUAGACGUGAGGCCAGCCACCAGGCAGAACCUGUCACAAUUUGAGGCACAGGCUCGGAAACGUGAGUGCGUCCGAGUCCCAAGAGGGGGAAUACCUCCACGGGCUCACUCCAGAGAUUCUAGUGAUUCUGCUGAUGGACGGGCCACACCCUCUGAGAAUCUUGUACCCUCAUCUACCCGUGUGGAUAAGCCCCCCAGUGUGCUGCCCUACUUCAACCGCCCUCCAUCAGCCCUUCCCCUGAUGGGUCUGCCCCCACCUCCAAUUCCACCCCCACCACCUCUCUCCUCAAGCUUUGGGGUCCCUCCUCCUCCUCCUGGCAUCCACUACCAGCAUCUCAUGCCCCCUCCUCCUCGAUUACCUCCUCAUCUGGCUGUACCUCCCCCUGGGGCCAUCCCGCCUGCCCUUCACCUCAAUCCAGCCUUCUUCCCCCCGCCAAAUGCCACAGUGGGGCCUCCACCAGAUACAUAUAUGAAGGCCUCGGCACCCUAUAACCACCAUGGCAGCCGAGAUUCGGGCCCUCCGCCCUCUACAGUGAGUGAAGCAGAAUUUGAAGAGAUCAUGAAGCGAAACAGAGCAAUUUCCAGCAGUGCCAUUUCCAAAGCAGUAUCUGGAGCCAGUGCAGGGGAUUACAGUGACGCGAUUGAGACGCUGCUCACAGCCAUUGCUGUUAUCAAACAGUCCCGGGUCGCCAAUGAUGAGCGUUGCCGUGUCCUCAUCUCUUCUCUUAAGGACUGUCUUCAUGGCAUUGAAGCCAAGUCCUACAGUGUGGGUGCCAGCGGGAGCUCGUCCAGGAAAAGACAUCGGUCCCGAGAGAGGUCGCCUAGCCGGUCCCGGGAGAGCAGCAGGAGGCACCGGGACCUGCUUCACAAUGAAGAUCGGCAUGAUGAUUAUUUCCAAGAAAGGAACCGAGAACACGAGAGACAUCGGGAUAGAGAACGGGACCGGCACCACUGAGAAAGGAGUCUGGUGGGAAGUGAAUGUUUUUUAAUGGACUUGCAUCUCCUCACCUUGAUCAGGACUAAAGGACGGAGGCCGCUCUACCCCUUCCCCUUCCUCCAAACCCCUAACUCCCUCCAGACACCCAGGGAAUACCCUCUGCCCUACAGGAUUGAAGACUGUCUGGCAGCCUUCCCCGUCCCACACCUCCUGUUUGCCAGGGGAAGGAACCUAAAGACUUUGUGUGGUUGGGAGGGGAGACAGACAGGAAGAAAACAUGUACAGCCCCCUGGUCUCCAUAGAGAAUGGUGCUUUGUUCAAGGAAACAUGAGUUUCUGAUUCUCCAGGAGUAGUUCAGUGGUGAGGUUGAUGGGAAGACUUCCUUCUCAAAGAAAAUGAGUCCUUCAUGUGAGAACUAGGAGAGGGACUGGGUGUGCCAAAAUAUGCCCAGGGUCCUGCCCUCAGCACUAGGUUUGAUGGGGCCAAGAGGGUCCAAACCCCUUGCUAACAUACCACUUCUUUGUUUAACUCCUUUACCUUCCUAGCCCUUUGAGGAGGGACCAUGAGAACAGAAAUUUAUGAAAAGCUUCUCUUGCUUUUCUUACAUACUGACGGUUUGUUUCCCUGACCCCCCAGAGGGCUGAACCCUUCCAACUCCCUGCUGCCCAGCCCCCUCAGUGGACUUGCCCCUCCUAAGCAGAGAAGGCGCAUGAGGUUGCUGUCUGCUGGAAGCCCUGCAGAGCCAAUUACCAGCCUCUGCUGCUUCGUGCUUGGUUGCCUCUUGCAAUAACCAGCUCUACUAGGUGUUCUUUUUUCCCCCAGGGCUUUGCCGUUUCACACAUGGAGCCCUUCCCCAAGAAGGCUGCUUCCUUGUUUUAGAGGAAGGUACUGCCAUUGGGAAGGUGGGGACAUUGGACCUCAGCAGUGAAGAACCCUUGUGAAGUACCAGGAGUGGGGAAGGAGGCAAGUUGGGCAGGAUACAACCUACUUCCAUAGGCUUUUCUUUUUUCAGGUUUGGUGUAAGCAUGGGCUUGCAUCUCCCAGGUACUAGUUUUACUUACUGUGGGAUAACCUGGCACUAGUAGACAGGUAAAAGUCACAAGUUUGGUGUCUUUUCACCUUUUGACUAUUGAUUUAGUAGCUCCCCUUGGUCUGCCUGGAGGUACUUCCUGCUUCUGAUAAAGAGCAGGGAAGAAGUGGAGCCUGACUUGAAUGAGCUCAGAGGUCUAAGGACCACCACUCGGGGGGCCAUUAUCCACACAGGCAUAUGGAAUUGCUUUUCCCAUAACAUCUAAAUUGUGAUGUUCUUGUUGCUGAGGGAAGCAGCAGCAACAGGGUCCUGCAGUACCCGUGGGGUGGUGGGUGCUCUUUGCAUCUACAGGGCAUGUGGCAUGAGACUUAGCAUGUAAGAGGUAGGGUCAUUGGAGACCCUUCUGGCUCAGGGAGAGACUGAGUUGGACUGAACCCUUCCUUUCUUCCCUGCACGUUUCUGACAUAGCCCGCAUUCAGUCACUGAGGGAGUCCCCCGGGCUUGGAGAGGCACAUUCCCAUGGGACAGAGGCUACAGGUUUGUAGCUCUUCUUUCCCCUGUCCCAAAUCCCAUCCCCACCUCCACUUCAGAACAUGGCACCCCGCCCAACUGGCCAAGUGUUAAGUGAUGUGCUUAUCCUUGAGAGCAGCUCCAGGUGUCUUCUUAAAAUGUAGAGAAAACCAAGUAAGGUGACAGUGUAAGGAAAAAAUAUAUAGAAUACCAGAAAAGCUGUUUACCCGGAGAAUUUUUUCUCCCCAUUUUUUUGUUUUGUUUUGUUUUUACUCAAUGACACAAUUUUUAGUUUUAUUUCCCGAUAGCAAAAGGAAAAAAACCCAACCCUCAAAAAGGCCAAGGCCCCGUCCCCCUGUUGUCGGUGAUUUGUUUGUCUUUCCGAUAGGUUGAAAAUUGUGUAAUAAACUUGAUGACGCUGUCAAUCUUUUAUACUGCAUUGUAUUUUUUUCCUUUUGUAACAAAGUAUUUUUAAAUAAUAAAUGGGGUGUGUGAGCUGUC